AUGGCGGCUCGUCUGCUCGAGCCCAGGCACAGCAGCGCAGCAGGCCUGAUGCCUACUGUACUCAUCAUAUCAGGUUUUCCGUGGCACACGAGUGAGCUGGCGGUGCACCGCUACCUCACGGAUGUCUACCCGGCUGCGGAGCCGGUGACCACGCGGCUCUACACAAACCCCACGAAUGGCGCGAGCAGAGGUCACUGCUUUGUGGAGUACAACCUGCCACCCUCCUCCGCGGUGCUGUGCACCUCUGCCGUUGCUGCUGCAACGGCGAACAGCUCGAACGGCACCGAUGUGAGGGCUAUAGCGGGCGGCUCCACCGCGCAGGAGAGCAGCAGCGGCGGCGGUGGCGCGGUGGACGCGGUGGACGCGCUACUGCCACCUGUUCUCCGGGAGGUGAAGCGGUGCGUUGAGGAGCACCCGUACGAAUGCGUGUACUUGAAAGUGCACGCCUACGUCCUCACAUCGCAGCGGUGGAGCCGCGCCGGCCGGCUCCCGGAGUUGCCCACCGACCCCCCGGCAGCUCUCUGGCGUGGCAGGGCUGGCGCCCUCGUCGGCUAUGGCGAUGAAGGCUUCUCGGUCCGUGCCGGGCGGGAGCUGGGCCUGCCGAACACGGUGACCGCUGACGGGAAGCUUCAGCUGGAGCGGCUGCGCAAGCGCCUGCGCACAACGUCCGCUCGGCGUGCGUCGGGCCACCUCUCUGCGGAGUAG